AUGAGCACCGCGGUUGACGAUCAGGAGGAUGCCGCCAGUGCGUCCGCCCUGCCCUCCGAAGUGCAGAGCGGGGAGCAAAAGGCUGUCCUGAAGCUGCUGGUCUCCAACGCUGUCGCGGGCUCUAUAAUCGGCAAGGGCGGCGCCACCAUCAGCGAGUUUCAGCAGUCCUCGCAAGCGAGAAUCCAGCUGUCGAGGGCCGGGGAGUACUUCCCAGGCACGAAGGAGCGCAUCGCUGUGAUCUCGGGCACCCUGCACGCCGUGCUGACGGCCGUCCACCUGGUCCUGGGCAAGAUAAAGGAGGAGGCCGCGGAGGAGGAGGAUGAAGAGGAGGAGGAGGGCGAAGAGGACGAGGACGUCGGAUCGGAAGGCGGCCUCACGGUGAAGCUGUGCAUUCCCAUUCGGCUUUGCGGGGCCAUCAUAGGCAAGGGCGGCCACACAGUGCGCGCCUUCAUGGACGACUGCAAGGCGGACAUUAGGAUCCAAGGCCAGGAGCAGUUGCUUCCUGGUGUGACAGAACGCCUGGUUACAGUGAAAGGGAUGACUCCACAGAUAAUGCGGGCAUUUGGUCUCAUCCUCAGCAAGUUGUCUGAAGACCCAAAAUACGAUGAGUAUGCCGAGCAGCCCAUUGCCCCGGCCUCUCGUUACCGGGGACCAUCAAUGGCGACGCUGUCAGCAUACGUUGCUCCACUUGCAAGUGCACCAACAACAGUGGUCAUGGAGGUUUCAAAUGCUGAUGCUGGAGCCAUUCUGGGGAGAAGAGGAAGGAACAUUGCAGAGAUCACACAGGUAUCCAGUGCCCGUGUGAAGGUGUCAGACAGGGAUGACGUAAACCCAGACACAGGCUGCAGGAAGGUCACGAUCACUGGCACACUGGAGGCUGUCCACUUGGCUCAGUUGCUUGUAUGCCAAAAGGUUGGCAUGUCCGAGAAUGCAGGUGGCAGAUACAACAACAAUGGCCGCCGCUCCGUCUGA